GUUUCAAACCAUUAUUAUUUAUGCAAUUAAUUUAUAGAAAUAGUACAUUAAUAUAUAAGUUUAACAAGAACACAAUGUAGAGGUAUAACGAUAACAAUAACAUGAUAACGAUACGCGUGAAAAACUAAAACAUGAUGUAGCGGCAUAAAGUGAUAACAGUACGCGUGAAAACUAAUUGAAAAUUAAAUUUUUAGUAUCAAGAACAAUAACGAUGUCUUUAAUUAAUAUAACAAUUAAUAAUUCUUCAAACACAUCAAAAGUUAUCCAAGUUAUCGAGCAACCUCAAGAACUACCGCAAAUUUUAUUAAUUAUAACCCUUAUAGUUUGUCUUGCAGUAAUUACACUUGGAGUUUUUGGCAAUGCUUUGGUUUUAAUAAUACUAGGAGUAAAAAGGUCAAAUCUGAAAUCAUGCGAAAUAUUCAUGCUAAAUUUGGCUGUUGCUGACUUUUUAAACGCAACAAUUGCACCUGUAAGAACUGCUCUUGACUUAAUACACAUUAAUUUAUACAGCAUUGGUCAUGAAGGUUGCAAAGCUAUUUCUUUUUUAAGUACAACAACCAUGACAGUGUCGGCUUUGACUUUAUUGACCGUAUCGAUUGAUCGGUUUAUUGUAGUAAAAUGGCCUCUCAGCGAAAGACCGCACUUACGCACUUUAUUGUUAGUUAUGUUCACAUGGUUUGCAGCAGCAGGAUUGGGAUUAUUUUAUUUGACAGGCGGAAAUAUUCAGUUGGGAGUUUAUAAAGCUGAUGUUUAUACAUGUUUUAACUACAUGACCUUUAAAGACUUUAUAAUUUACUCAAUUUCGGUUUUCAGCAUUCAGUGUGUAAUUCCAAUAAUAGUUAUGACCACAAUAUAUUCAAUGAUUAUAAUGGAGUUAAAAAAAAGCGCAAAAAGCGGAAUUUUUGCUCAUUGCAAACGUGAAAUGCAGUUGAGAUUAUUACAAAACAAAAAAGCAACAAAAAUGAUUUUUGUUGUUGUAUUAGUUUUUUAUUUUUGCAUACUACCUGCUAACAUUUUUUAUAUUUGGUAUAUAUUUAACCAAAAAGUUCUAGAACUUUUAACUGUCAAAAUUAUUUAUGACAUUUUGGUUCUGCUACAAAUGUGCAACAGUAUUGUAAACCCAAUUAUAUACAGCAGACUUCACAACUCAUUUAAAAAAGAUAUAGUUAAACUGAUUUUUCCAUGCUUCUAUAACAAAAUUGAGAAGUGGGAGUCUAUGCAAGAUACCAUUCGGUUGGUACUUCGUUAUAGUUCCAUUUAUAGAAAACGUUCAAACUCUAAGUCUAGCAUUGGCUCCAGUUCUAUAAAAACGCGGACAUCUAUAACCUCUCUACAGCACCAGUUGCCUUCCCUAAAAAGAAGAUUUAUUUAUGAAGUUGAACCACGAAAAUUUUCAGGAGUAUUAGAAAAUCUAUAUUCAGGAGAGUCACCAGUUUCUUUAGAAACAACAUUUUUUAGCGAUAAUGUUGGACAUGAUAUGGUCAACUCAUAUUUGAUUAAUCGCAAUAGUAAAGAUCAGAAUCAAAAAGAAAAUGGGAGACAAUAUCCUAUAAUCAACCAAAAACACAUAAUGUAACAGUUAAUUUUCAAUAACAAUAAUGUUACAAGUUUAUUUAAGAAACAUAAAGCGAAAACUACUAUAAAGUAUAAACUAAUUACAUUAUUAAAAAAAGUAAGUAAAAGAUAAUAUAAAAGUAUGUUUACGAAUUUUCAUUUUGUUCACAUGAUGAUUUAUACAUAAUUUUGCUUUAUUAUUAUAAAUUAUAUAAUAUACCAU